UUACAUCCGGUGGAUGAGGUCAAUCUUUCCCCAAAGAUCCGCCAUUUCAGCCUCUGAGUUUUAUAUUGCAAAUUACUUAAGAGAUUUAUUUUAAAACGCCUUGACAAAUAAAUUAUAGAUUUCUGGUUGCCACAAUUAAUUCUUAAUUAAGGGGUUAACUGUAUUGUUUCGUGGGACUCUGUGAAAUGUACAUAGAUGUAACGGUUUAAAGCGGUAUCGAUGCCAUGAUUUUUUCCCGGAGCGUGUUCCUUAGUGAACCAAAGUUUUUGUAUGAGAUGAAUCCCGAUUGCGAAUAGGGAGAGGCAAGGGGAAGGCCUUGGAUCCUCGGAGUGGAUUUGGAGCCAUGGCCGGGAAUUUUGAUGCCGAGGACCGUGCUAGCUGGUACUGGGGAAGGUUGAGCCGACAGGAGGCGGUUUCUCUCUUGCAGGGUCAGAGACAUGGCGUGUUCCUAGUCAGGGACUCGAUUACCAGUCCUGGGGACUACGUGCUAUCCGUCUCAGAAAACUCAAAAGUCUCACAUUAUAUAAUUAACAGCAUCAGUAACAACCGGCAAUCUGGAUCAGGUCUGGCCCCCCCACGGUUCCGCAUCGGGGAUCAGGAGUUUGACGCCCUACCCGCCCUGCUGGAGUUCUACAAGAUCCACUACCUGGACACCACCACUCUGAUCGAGCCCAUCAGCAAGGCCAAGCAUGCAGGCUUCGUGAGCUGUGCCGCCGCUGCAUCAGGCGGCGCCCUACAGGAGGCAGAGUUUGUUCGCGCCCUCUUCGACUUCCCUGGCAACGACGAGGAGGACCUGCCCUUCCGCAAGGGCGACGUGCUGCGCGUGCUGGAGAAGCCUGAGGAGCAGUGGUGGAACGCGGCCAACCAAGAGGGCCGUGUCGGCAUGAUUCCCGUGCCCUACGUGGAGAAGUACCGGCCUGCCUCGCCCAACUCCGUGGUUGCUCCGGCGGCAGGGAGGCCUGGCGGGGCAGGAGGAGUAGGCGGAGUACCGGCAGGUGUUGGAGCCAGCACUACCGACGGAGCAGCUCCCCAGCUGCCCCCGCCUCUGGGGGAGCCGGGCCAGUAUGCCCAGCCUGUGGGCAAUACACCCCUGCCCAACCUGCAGAAUGGGCCUGUCUACGCCCGUGCCAUUCAGAAGAGAGUGCCCAACGCCUACGACAAGACGGCGCUCGCCUUGGAGGUCGGAGACAUGGUAAAAGUGACCAAGAUCAACGUGAACGGCCAGUGGGAGGGCGAGUGCAAGGGCAAGCAUGGCCACUUUCCCUUCACGCACGUCCGGCUUCUGGACCACCAACACCCUGAGGAUGAGAGCUGAGAGACACACUUAGUCUCACUCCUCACUUCACAAAAUCCCUCUGUGAUUGUUUCUCACAAAUGAUAGAAAGAGCACACAGGAUAUACGGACUACAGUGGUCAGGAGUUGCAACUCAGCAGCUGUUGUUGCCAAUGGGGCUGGAGUACACUCCCCUCCCUUCACAUACACACACAGAAUAGAGUUUACACUUCCACCCCAGUAUUGAAGUCCUGAUACACGACACACAGCAGCGUUUAUGACCCCUCUCCCAUGUUAUCCACGAAAUCCUCCUCUACACACACAUACACACGUACGCACGCACACAAUUCAGAUACUUGUGUAUAUGUGGCUUCUCUCACAGACUCAUGGAUCACCCUUUUGUAGUAACGGACUGUGAACUUGGCAGUGAGAAGAGUAGCCAUCCUGACUCCUAAUUUUGACUCCCUCUUGUGGAGACAGAUGCUCACUGCGACUGAAACCGACCAUUGCUGCACUUCACAGACAGCAGGAGUUACCACAGCACACUCCACUACUCACCACAGGGGCUCUAACCCAGCCCCUCUCUGCUACAAACCCCACACUACAAACCCCCAAGUCCUCUUUUUGUACUGAAAUGAAAAAUAUUAUGAUAGAAUUAUGACAGGUACAGCAACUGCCAAAAGAAAGGAAACACUUGAGUAAAUGAUGGAUACAAAGUAUUUUGAAAGCAGGUGCUUUCACACAGGUGCGGUUCCUCAGCAAUUCCUAAGCAAUUAACAUCCCAACAUGCUUAGGGUCAUGUAUGAAAAUGCUGGGCAGGCAUUGUUUUGGCUAACAUGGCUAUGCCCCCAUAGGAUGACAAUGCCCCCAUCCACAGGGCAUUAAUGGUCACUUAAUGGUUUGAUGAGCAUGAAAACGAUGUAAACCAUAUGAUGUGGCCAUCUGUCACCAGAUCUCAACCCAAUUGUACACUUAUGCGAGAUUCUGGAGUGGCGCUUGAGACCACCAACAAAACACCAAAUGAUAGAAUUUCUCAUGGAAUGGUGUCACAUCCCUCCAAUAGAGUUCCAUCCAGAAACGUGUAUAAUCUAUGGCAAGGCACAUUGCUGUUCUGGCUCAUGGUGGCACAACGCCCUAUUAAGACACUAUUGGCGUUUCCUUUUUUUGGGCAGAUAUAUAUAUAUAAUAUAGUACCAGUCAAAAGUUUGGACACACCAACUCAUUCAAGAGUUUCUUUAUUU